AUGAGCGAGUCGGCGGUCGAGUUUGGUCACCAGCUGCCAGACCAGCUCCCAACGAUCGCGGCGACUCUAUCAGCCCAGCUCGCCUUGGAGAACGACGUUGCAUCGUUCCUUGCAGAGCGAGCCGCGCUCGAACGCGACUACGCCGCCAAGCUCCAGACGCUCGUUCGCAGAUAUCGCGACAAGAAGACCAAGAAAGAGCAAGAAAUCUCUGUCGGCCCAACACCCACAAUCGAAUGGAAGCAUGCCCAAUCCACUCUCGCAACUCACAUCACCGAUCUCUAUUCCACACACGAUGCUACCGCCGCCGACCAUACGAAUCUCGCUACCACGCUUGACCAGCUCUCCAACAGCCUGAUCACAAGCACCAAGGCUCGCGAAGAUCUUCGCAGAAGACAUGUCGCCUUUGCCAGCAAGCUACUCUCUGAUCGCGAAAAGACCUACUCGGACAAGGACAAGGCGAAAGCAAAGUACGAUGAGCUUUGUCACGAGCUCGAUUCCCAGCGACAGAAGCGCGAGAAAGCGGCUUCAGGAGAUCGGCAUGCGGAUCGUGCCUCGAAAGCCUUUCAGUCGGCGGAGAUGGACAUGUGGAAUGGCAAGAACAGCUACCUCAUCCAGAUCGCCGUGUCCAACCGCGCCAAGGAGCGCUUCUACCGCAACGACUUGCCAGCGGUGCAGAACAGCUUGCAGUCGCUCUGGACACUAUCCACACGUCGCUUUGCCGAGUCGGCUGCUCAAGCACAGUCCACCGUAGCUGCACACCACGAAUCGGUAGCGAAGAAACAUCGAGAUUUGGAAGCGAGAGCGGCGCAAGUCGAUCCAACACAAGAUCAGACGCUGUUCGCUGAACACAACCAGCAACGAUGGCAGGAACCCAGUGGGUGGUCCUUCGAGCCAUGCGUAGGCUUCUUUGAUACCUCGGACAUGUUGACCGAGCCUUCCGCCGUCACUUUUCUGCAGAAUCGACUUAUGCGAUGCAGGAAUCGCAUCGCCGAACUCGAGCCUAUGGUCGAAGCCAAAGCAAAAGAGGUGGAUGGAUUGCAGAAUCUGCGCGAUGCUUACAGCAAGCAGCACAAUCUCGGUAACCCCGACGAAGUUGAGGACAACCUCUUCGAAGCGACUCGCACACUGUCUGCGCUUGAGAUCGAGCUGCACGAUCUCGAGGCCGAAGUGGAAACUAUCGUGGCCGACAUUGGUGACGAUCAAGGACAAGCACGCCCUCAUCUGUUCAAGCCCGCUUCGUUCGGUAUUCCCACGACGUGCCACUUUUGUGGCGACAAGAUCUGGGGAUUGUCCAAGCAGGGAUCGGUGUGCAAGCCGUGUGGGUACACGGUGCAUCAGAAGUGUGAGAUGAAGGUGCCAGCAGAGUGCAAAGCGGCUCCAGGAGGCGGCAUAGCAGCCAGCUCCGGCUCUCCACGCAAUUCUGCAUCCUUGAGCAGACCCAAACGUUCCAGUGCCAUCAUCGCAGACGGCAAGCCGGAGAGAAGCUCAAGAACCAGGGGCGUCCCGCCGCCACCGAGCCGUUCCUCGGCACAGGCGGCAACUGACGAGAGCAGCGAACCAUCUCCCGCCGGCAGAGCCAUAUUUGCGUUCCACGCAUCCAGUCCGUUCGAGCUGAGCGUGGCCGAGGGCGAACGCGUCGAGUUGCUCGAGGACGACGUAGACGGCAGUGGCUGGAUCAAGGUCCGUGCAGGCGUUGGCAAAGAAGGUCUCGUACCGACAUCAUACUGCGAAUUCGGCGAUGCUGUUCCUGGAGCACCAACGACCAAUCAAGACACCGGAAUCAACGGAGGUGGCGGCAGUGGAGCAGCGCUACCACAAGGAUGCGGCCAGUUUGUCAAAGCAAUGUAUGACUACGCAGCGCAAGGGGAGGACGAGCAUUCGCUUGCAACGGGCGAGCAAGCCGAGCUGACUGCAGUCGGUAUGAAUUAUGCAGACGGGUAA